UUAGCGCGAGGCGUGACCUAGUUGACAGGCUCUGAGGUGCUGCUGUGGCGGCGGCCGCGGGGCAGAGCGGGCGGGCUGAGGGGAGGAGGGCGGCGACGGGCGAGCGGCUGGCUAGCAGAGCCUUUGCACUUUUCCCACCCGAGUGUCCCCUCCAUUUCCUGCCCCCCCCCCCCACACUCCACACACCCUGUCUGCCCGUGAGCCUGGGGAACUUGCAGCUUAAAGCCAGCCACCCCCACGGCAGCAUGUACCCCAGCAACAAGAAGAAAAAGGUGUGGAGAGAGGAGAAAGAACGUUUGCUGAAGAUGACCUUAGAGGAGAGACGCAAAGAAUACAUAAGGGACUAUGUUCCUCUGAGCACCAUCGUGUCAUGGAAGGAGGAGAUGAGGAGCAAGGGCCAAAAUGAUGAAGAAAACACUCAGGAAACGCCACAAAUGAAGAAAAGUUUCAGUGAAAAGGUUUCUCUCUACAGGGGUGACAUCACAUUGCUAGAGGUGGACGCAAUAGUCAAUGCGGCAAAUGCCAGUCUUCUUGGAGGAGGAGGUGUGGAUGGCUGCAUCCAUAGAGCGGCUGGUCCCUGUUUGUUAGCUGAGUGUCGGACCCUGAAUGGCUGUGAGACUGGACACGCAAAAAUCACAUGCGGCUAUGACCUCCCUGCAAAGUAUGUCAUCCAUACCGUAGGGCCAAUAGCCAGAGGCCACAUUAAUGGUUCCCACAAGGAAGACCUUGCAAAUUGCUAUCAAUCAUCCUUGAAGCUGGUGAAAGAAAAUAAUCUCCGAUCAGUUGCAUUUCCCUGCAUCUCAACAGGCAUUUACGGUUUUCCAAAUGAGCCUGCUGCAGUCAUUGCCCUAGACACGAUUAAGGAAUGGCUGGCCAAGAAUCACCAGGAGGUGGACCGAAUCAUCUUCUGUGUCUUCCUAGAAGUUGACUUCAAAAUCUAUAAGAAGAAAAUGAGCGAGUUCUUCCCUGUUGAUGAUAACAACGAGGGAGCAGCUGACGUUGACAUGAAAGAAGAUGCAGAAGAGCUUGAGCCUAAAGGCCUUUCCCCACCUCACAAGAAGAGCAAAGCAAAGAAACCAGAAAGUUCAAAGGACUCCAGUGAAGAUGAGAGUGGUCCGGAGGAAAAGCCAACUGCAGGAGAAACGGAAGGGCAGAGCCAAGAAGCAGAUGGUGUCAACACGGCACCUGUGCCCAGUCCUGCUUCGGAAGACACAGUUGAAGUCCGUCAGGAUGAAGAUUCUGCAAAGGAUGACGAUGCUAUAAAAGACAGCGAUGUAGCCAAUCAUGCCGUGUGCGAGCAAGAACUUCCCAAUGGACAAGAGAAUGACUCAACAAAGAGUGAAGUAAAAACUGAGACAGAGUCCCCAAGCUCAUCUAUGGAGACAGAAGAGCUUCCUUCAAACCAAGAAGAUGCCACAAUUAUGGAACAACCAGAAGUGAUUCCCCUGACUGAUGAUGACCAAGAAGAUCAGGAAGGUGAAGCUCAAGACGAGGAUGCAUCUUCUGUGUUUGCAAAAAGUCAAGGUUCCAGCGACACAGAAACCACUACAGGUCCUGAUGUUGAAAUGAACAGCCAGGACGACAAUGUAAAUGAGCCAAGAGCGUGUCAGCAAGAAGAUUUCCAAUAGGGCCACAAGAUGAAGCUGAAGCAAAGGAACAAAGAACUGAAGCUAAAUGACAACCCUCAGCAUCGCAAGGCCUGGCCCUGGGGGACUUGGGAAGAAGAUAGUUUGUGCUGUGGCAGAGGGUGGGGGAGGGGGGAGGCGAGUCCGAAGAAGGAAGGGUCCUUUGCUCUAACACUCCAGCUGCAUUUUGUUUUGUUUACCUACAGAAAAGGAAACAGGAAAAAAUUAAAAAAGGAAGAAAGAAAGAAAAAGGAAUAAGAAAGCAAGCUCCCUCCACUUGUAAGAGGCCCCAUGCUAAGGCAAACUUUCAGGCGCUCCGUCCCUUUCAUUGCUGUCUUUUCUCCAUGCCUUACCCUAGGGUUGGUGAUAGGGAUAAGACUCGCCUGUGUCUCCUGGUCCCUGUCUGUUUUCUUGGUUACCUCACAAAGCUGGUCAUAGAGUGAUUUC